UCAAAGGUGCAGAUCAUCGCCGAGCCACUCCUGAGCAGCUGGACCGUCUGACGGAGCAGAGACUCGGCUGAGGUCGGACUACCCGCAGCGCAGAGGCGUUUAUUUUCACCAGCAGCUUCUUGUUUUGUUAAAAAAAAAAAAAAAAACGAGGUGUCGUCGAGCAGGACAGCGCUGCUGCAAACACGGACACAGGAAGACCUCACCUGCAGUGCCUGCAGCUGAAAACCAGCUACCAUGACUGACGCGGACAAGUUCCUGUAUGGGGACCGCAGCGGGAUCAACAACCCUCUGGCUCAGGCUGACUGGGCCACCAAGAAGCUGGUAUGGGUCCCCAGUGAGAAAAUGGGCUUUGAGGCCGGUUCAGUCAAAGAGGAGCAGGGAGACGAGUGUGUGGUGGAGCUGGCUGACUCUGGCAAGAAGGUGAAGGUCAACAAGGAUGACAUUCAGAAGAUGAACCCACCCAAGUUCAACAAGGUGGAGGACAUGGCAGAGCUCACCUGCCUGAAUGAGGCCUCUGUGCUGCACAACCUCAAGGAGAGAUACUACUCUGGCCUCAUCUACACGUACUCUGGUCUUUUCUGUGUGGUGGUCAACCCGUACAAGUACCUGCCCAUCUACUCUGAAGACAUAGUGAACAUGUACAAGGGCAAGAAAAGACAUGAGAUGCCCCCUCACAUCUACGCCAUCACUGACACGGCCUACAGGAGCAUGAUGCAGGAUCGUGAGGACCAGUCCAUCCUUUGCACAGGGGAGUCAGGAGCUGGGAAAACGGAAAACACAAAGAAAGUCAUUCAGUAUCUCGCACAUGUGGCCUCCUCCUUCAAGUCCAAGAAAGACCAGGGCAGUGCUGUGUUAUCACAUGGGGAGCUGGAAAAGCAGCUGCUGCAAGCAAACCCCAUCCUGGAAGCCUUUGGCAAUGCAAAGACUGUCAAGAACGACAACUCCUCAAGAUUUGGAAAAUUUAUCAGGAUCAACUUUGAUGUCAAUGGAUACAUAGUUGGGGCCAACAUCGAAACUUAUCUGCUGGAGAAGUCUCGAGCCAUCAGACAAGCUAAAGACGAGAGGAGCUUCCACGUCUUCUACUACAUGCUGACAGGAGCAGGGGAGAAGCUGCGCUCUGAGUUGUGUCUGGAAGACUACAGCAAGUACCGCUUCCUCUCCAAUGGAAACGUGACGAUCCCUGGGCAGCAGGACACAGACAUGUUCACUGAAACCAUGGACGCCUUUGAGAUCAUGAGUGUUCCAGAAGAGGAAAGAAUUGGUCUGUUGAAGGUGGUGUCGGCUGUGCUGCAGUUGGGGAACAUGAGUUUCAAGAAGGAGCGUCACUCCGACCAGGCCUCCAUGCCUGACGAUACCGCUGCUCAGAAAGUGUGUCACCUGCUUGGCAUCAAUGUGACCGACUUCACUCGAGCAAUCCUGUCUCCUAGAAUCAAGGUCGGCAGGGACUAUGUCCAGAAGGCCCAGACCCAGGAGCAGGCCGAAUUUGCUGUUGAGGCGCUGGCCAAAGCCUCUUAUGAGAGGAUGUUCCGUUGGCUGGUCCUGAGAAUCAAUAAGGCCUUGGACAAGACCAAGAGACAGGGAGCUUCUUUUAUUGGCAUCCUAGAUAUCGCUGGAUUUGAGAUCUUUGAGCUCAACUCAUUUGAGCAGCUGUGUAUCAACUACACCAAUGAGAAGCUGCAGCAGCUCUUCAACCACACCAUGUUCAUCCUGGAGCAGGAGGAGUACCAGAGGGAGGGCAUCGAGUGGAGCUUCAUCGACUUCGGCCUCGACCUGCAGCCCUGCAUCGACCUCAUUGAGAAACCUGCCGGUCCUCCAGGCAUCUUGGCCCUGCUGGAUGAGGAGUGCUGGUUCCCCAAAGCCACAGACAAGACCUUUGUGGAGAAGGUGGUUCAGGAGCAGGGCACACACCCCAAGUUCCAAAAACCCAAGAAACUCAAGGAUGACGCAGAUUUCUGCAUCAUGCACUAUGCUGGGAAGGUGGAUUACAAGGCAGAUGAAUGGCUGAUGAAAAACAUGGAUCCCCUGAAUGAGUGUGUCGCCACUUUGCUCAACCAGUCAACAGACAAGUUUACUUGUGACCUGUGGAGAGACGUGGACCGCAUUGUUGGUCUGGAUAAGGUGGCAGGAAUGUCGGACUCCAUGCAUGGUGCGUUCAAAACCCGCAAGGGCAUGUUCCGCACUGUGGGCCAGCUGUACAAGGAGCAGCUUGGUAACCUCAUGGCUACACUCAGGAACACCAACCCUAACUUUGUCCGCUGCAUCAUCCCCAACCACGAGAAGAAGUCCGGUAAACUGGACCCUCACCUGGUUCUGGACCAGCUCAGGUGUAAUGGAGUCUUGGAGGGGAUUCGCAUCUGCAGACAGGGCUUCCCCAACCGCAUCGUCUUCCAGGAGUUCAGACAGAGGUAUGAAAUCCUCACUCCCAAUUCCAUUCCAAAGGGAUUUAUGGAUGGCAAGCAAGCCUGUGUGCUCAUGAUCAAAGCACUAGAGCUGGACCCAAAUUUGUACCGCAUCGGCCAAAGUAAAGUGUUCUUCAGAGCAGGCGUCCUGGCCCACCUGGAGGAGGAGAGGGACAUGAAGAUCACUGAUGUGAUCAUCAGCUUCCAGGCCUGGUGCAGAGGAUAUGUUGCCCGCAAAGCAUUUGCCAAGAGACAGCAGCAGCUGACAGCCAUGAAAGUUAUCCAGAGAAACUGCGCAGCCUACCUCAAACUCAGGAACUGGCAGUGGUGGAGGCUUUUCACAAAGGUGAAACCUCUGCUGCAGGUGACUCGGCAGGAGGAAGAAAUGCUGGCUAAGGAAGAGGAGUUGAUCAAAGUGAAGGAGAGACAACAGCAGGCUGAGGAGAUGCUCCAAGAAUUCGAGGCCAAGCAACAACAGCUGAGUGCAGAGAAGGCAGCUCUUCAGGAGCAGCUCCAGGCAGAGACGGAGCUGUGUGCAGAGGCAGAGGAGAUGAGAGCCCGUCUGGCCACCAGGAAGCAAGAGUUGGAGGAGAUCCUGCACGACCUGGAGUCUCGUCUGGAGGAAGAGGAGGAGAGGGUCGUUCAUAUGCAAACUGAGAAAAAAAAGAUGCAACAGAACAUCACGGACCUGGAGCAGCAGCUGGAUGAGGAGGAAGCAGCCAGACAAAAGCUUCAGAUGGAGAAGGUCACCACAGAUGCUAAGCUGAAGAAACUAGAGGAAGACAUCAUGGUGCUCGACGACCAAAACAGCAAGCUCAACAAGGAGAAGAAACAGCUGGAGGAGAGGAUUGGUGAAUUCACCACCAACUUGGCUGAGGAGGAAGAGAAGUCCAAAAGCUUGCAGAAACUCAAGAAUAAACAUGAAGCCAUGAUCACAGACUUGGAGGAACGUCUGAGAAAAGAGGAGAAAUCGCGUCAGGAGUUGGAGAAGAACCGUCGCAAACUUGAGGGAGACUCCACUGAGCUCCAUGACCAGAUUUCAGACCUGCAGGCCCAGAUUGAUGAACUUCGAGCUCAGCUGGCCAAGAAGGAGGAAGAACUCCUCACUGCACUGGCCAGGAUUGAGGAGGAGGCUGCAGCAAAGAACACAGCCCAAAAAAAGAUUAGGGAACUGGAGGCCCAGAUCUCUGAGCUCCAGGAGGACCUGGAGCUGGAGAGGCAGGCACGCAGCAAGGCUGAAAAACAGCGCAGGGACCUAGGAGAGGAGCUGGAAGCCCUAAAGACUGAACUGGAGGACACUUUGGAUUCUACUGCAGCACAGCAGGAGCUGAGGUCGAAGCGUGAGACAGAGGUUGCCCAGCUGAAGAAGACGCUGGAGGAAGAGGCCCAGUUUCAUGAGCAGCAGAUGGCUGACAUGAGACAGAAGCACAAUCAGGCAUUUGAGGAACUCAAUGAACAGCUGGAGCAGGCCAAAAGGAACAAGGUGUCGAUGGAGAAAGCUAAGCAGGCCCUGGAGAGUGAGUGGAACGAGCUGCAGAUCGAACUGAAAACCCUGACACAAGGCAAAGGAGACUCCGAACAUCGUCGCAAGAAGGCUGAAGCCCAGGUUCAAGAACUUCAGGUCAAAUUUGGAGAAAGUGAGCGACAGAGGGUGGAGCUUUCAGACAAGAUGACAAAGAUGCAGUCGGAGUUGGAGAAUGUAAACAGGCUCCUGAGUGAAGCAGAGGGCAAGAACAUCAAAUCCAGCAAGGACAUUUCUGCUGCGGAGUCUCAGCUGCAGGACACACAGGAGCUGCUCCAAGAGGAGACUCGUCAGAAGCUGUCGCUCUCCACCCGCCUGAGGCAGAUGGAAGACGAGCAGAACAGCCUACGCGAGAUGCUGGAGGAAGAAGAAGAGAGCAAGAGGAACGUGGAGAAGCAGGUUUCCACAUUGCAGGCCCAGCUGGCAGAGAUGAAGAAGAAGCUGGAACUGGAGGCAUCAUCCGUGGAGGGGGCAGAGGAGGGUCGCAAGAGAGUCCAGCGAGAGUUGGAUAGCAUCAUGCAGCAGCUGGAGGAGAAGACGGCCGCGUAUGACAAACUGGAUAAAACAAAAACCCGUUUACAGCAGGAGCUGGAUGACCUCUUGGUGGACCAAGACCACCUCAGGCAGAUCGUCUCCAACCUGGAGAAGAAGCAGAAGAAGUUUGAUCAGAUGCUAGCAGAGGAGAAAACGAUUUCUACUCAGUACGCUGAGGAGCGUGACAAGGCUGAGGCUGAAGCCAGGGAGAAGGAAACGCGAGCAUUGACGCUGGCCCGCGAAUUGGAGACCAUGACAGAUCUGAAGAACGAGGUGGACCGCACCAAUAAAAUGCUCAAAGCUGAGAUGGAGGACUUGGUCUCUUCCAAGGAUGAUGUCGGAAAGAGUGUUCAUGAGCUGGAGAGGUCAAAGCGUGCCGUGGAGCAGCAGCUGGAGGAGAUGAGAGUUCAGCUGGAGGAGCUGGAGGAUGAGCUGCAGGCCACAGAAGAUGCCAAACUUCGUCUGGAGGUCAACAUGCAGGCCAUGAAGGCCCAGUUUGACCGAGACCUGCAGGGCAGGGAUGAGCAGGGAGAGGAGAGGAGGAAACAACUAGUUAAACAGGUGCGUGAGAUGGAGGUUGAGCUGGAAGAUGAACGCAGGCAGCGUAGUCAGGCCCUGUCAUCCAAGAAGAAACUGGAGAUGGACCUGAUAGAGCUGGAAUCCCAGAUUGAUGCUGCCAACAAGGGACGUGAUGAGGCCCUCAAACAGCUGAAGAAAUAUCAGGUUCAAAUGAAAGACCUGAUGAGAGAGCUGGAAGAACUGCGUUUGUCCAGAGAUGAAGCCAUCAGUGGGGCCAAGGAGAGUGAGAGGAAGCUCAAGACUUUGGAGGCUGACGUCCUUCACUACCAGGAGGAUCUGGCCACCGCAGAGAGAGUAAAGAGACAGGUUCAGGCUGAGCGAGAUGAGUUCCAGGAUGAAAUUAACAGCAGCAACACCAAGAAUUCACUUCUGAGUGAUGAGAAGAGGAGGCUGGAGGCUCGUAUCACUCAGCUGGAGGAGGAGCUGGAGGAGGAACAGCUCAAUGCUGAGAUGGUGAAUGAUCGUCUGAAGAGAACCACACUGCAGACUGAGCAGCUGACCACAGAGCUGGCUUCAGAGCGCAGUACCAGCCAGCGGCUGGAGGGCACUCGCUCUCAGCUUGAUCGCCAGAAUAAGGAGCUGAAACUGAAGCUGCAGGAGCUGGAGGUAACCAUCAAGUCCAAGUACAAGUCCUCAAUCACCACCCUGGAGGCCAAGAUAGCUCAGCUGGAAGAGCAGCUUGACAUUGAGUCAAAGGAGCGCCAGCAGGCCUCCAGGCUUGCCAGGCGAACUGAGAAGAAGCUGAAGGAGAUGAUGCUACAGGUUGAUGAUGAAAGGCGCAACACAGAGCAAUACAAAGAUCAGGCGGAGAAGACUAACAGCCGAAUGCGUCAGCUGAAGCGUCAGCUGGAGGAGACGGAGGAGGAGCUCACAAGAGCCAACGCCUACCGCAGGAAGCUGCAGAGGGAGCUGGACGAUGCCACUGAGUCAGCAGACAGUAUGAACCGUGAAGUCUCCUCUCUGAAGAGCAAACUCAGACGUGGGGAUUUGCCUUUCAAUAUGCGGCGUACCUUGAAUCGCACAGGCCUGGACAGCGACGAGGAUGUGGAUGUGCCACCUGAGACGCCUGAGCCUGCAGCUGAGUGAAAGGGGGAUAAAAGCCAAGAGGCAAAUAUUUUAAUGACCACAGUCGACAGGCAAAUCUAGCAAUACAUUAGCCAUGCAAACAAGGAUUAAGCCUUCUGCUCCUGUUGUUAUUUUCCAAUUAAAGCAUUUAUAUUUGGCCAAAUAAUUUUAUUCAUCUCAGUGAGUAUAAGCAAUGUUUUUCUACAAAGACUUAACAAAAACUUCUCUUUAUCUAUGUUUCUACUUAAUGGAUAUAUUCUAUCAUAAAAUAUUGCUCUUUGUGGCAUUUUUUUUGGCUUGGGACUGAUGUGCUGUCACUUUUGGGGAGAAAUCACUGGACAUUUUAUGCUAGUUUUGCACACAAAUUUGUUUUUGUUUUUUUUCAUCUGGGAUUUUGCAGCAGGUACAAACAGCAUUUCACCUUUUAUAAAUCUGCAUCUGUACUGUACACGUUUCUUCUCACUGCGUUAUUACCUCAACCAAAAUUGCACAAUGCCAACUCAGACAACACACAAAAUUUGAGGAGUUCUUCAGUGGCAAAGAUGAAAUGCUGUAAUAUUGGGUGAAAAUAUGGGUACAAAUAAGUAGUAUGGUUUAUGACAGCUUGGCUGAUAUAUUGUCUCUCAUGGGUUUUUAUUGGUGGUGGGUCCUUAUGUAGUAGUUCACUGUGCUAUGUUUUGUGCUUUGCUUUGCACUUCAGGAUGGGUUUCUAUCGGCGCAUUAGUCUCUAAAUGUUGAAUCCAUCAUAUUUUAGAUAAAUACUAUACUCUUCCACUGUAUUAUCAAAGAAAUUAUAUGCCAUUGAUGCCAACAUUGUAAGGCUAUUCUGUAUUUUAUAAAAUGCCUUAAUGCAAUAAAUUCAGAAAAUAUUAAAGACA